AUGAGUAAUGCACGGGGAUAUUACGCAGGAUCGAUGUUGAAGAAUGGAACAGUGUUAGUGGCAGGUGGGUCUAAUGGUGCAAGUUAUUUGAACAGUGCCGAAUUAUAUGACCUAUCAAGAGGUAAUUGGACAACAACAGGAAAUAUGAACUUCUUUCGAAGAUCUCAUGCAGCAUCCGUUUUGUUAAAUGGAACUGUGUUAGUCACAGGCGGACACAACACUGAUUUUCUAAACACCGCUGAAUUAUAUGAUCCAUCAACAGGUAAUUGGACAACAACCGGAAAUAUGAGUAUGACACGAGCCUACCAUGCUUCGCUUGUCUUACAAAAUGGAAAAGUCUUAGUUGCAGGUGGACAUGAUGGUUAUACGUUUCUGAACAGUGCUGAAUUGUAUAAUCCGUCAACAGAUACUUGGACAACUGUAGGUAAUAUGAGCUCUCCCCGAAGAUUACCCUCAUUAGUCAUGUUAACAAAUGGCAUUGCAUUAGUGGCAGGUGGAUAUAGUGGUAGUGUUUUUCUGAACAGCGUUGAUUUAUAUAAUUCGUCAACACAGACUUGGGUACCGACCGGAAAUAUGAAUGCUGCGCGAGGAGUUUUUACAGCAUCGAUAUUACACAAUGGUUGGGUGCUCGCUGCAGGUGGAAAUAGUGGGAGUGGCUAUUUGAGCAGUGCUGAAUUAUAUGACCCAUCAACAGGCGUUUGGAAUAUGACAGGCAGUAUGAAUAAUCCACGAGGACAGCAUACAGCAUCGAUCUUACCGAAUGGAAUGGUGCUCGUUGCUGGUGGAUACGACGGUAGUAGUUAUUUGAACAGUGCUGAGUUAUAUGACCCGUCAACGGGUAUUUGGACAACAAUAGCAAGUAUGAAUGCUUCACGAUGCUAUCACAUAGCAUUUGUCAUAGGCAAUGGAACUGCGUUAGUGGUUGGUGGACUUGUUGGUAGUAGCUUUCUCAACAGUGUCGAAUUGUAUUGA